CCGUCAUAGUAUACGCUAGGCGCAGGCUGUGCACUAUUUUUUUCAUCACGAUCCGGCUUUGGUUUAACUCUCUCUCUAAGUCAUACCUUCAUCACUCCCUUUGUAACGGUCAACCAUGGUUGUGACCUGGAUCCUCACUCUAUCCGUAACUCUGACGUUGCUCGCAUUCCCUGUAGCGUCCGAUUGGACGUCUACACCUUUCAAUGCACCAUCGUAUCCCCUUGCGGUGCGGACUCCGUACCUUUCUGCUUGGUUCCCUUCCCCAGAAGGUGGCGUGGCAUUGAACCAAGCGUGGCCCGAAUUUUGGACAGGAGCAACUUUAGGAUGGGCCGGUUUCGCGAAAGUAGACGGGGUUGCCUAUAGCUUCUUGGGUGAAAGUAGCGUGACGAAUUUUACGAAAGCUACUCAAGUUAGCGCAGAAUUCACCUCAACGCGGUCAAUUUUCGUGCUUUCUGCAGGACCUGUGGACCUCACUGUAACAUUCCUUAGUCCCAUUGAGCCCGAGGACCUCGUAAAACAAUCUUUUCCGUUUUCUUACCUUUCUGUUUCUGCAUCUUGUAGCGAUGGGUCGUCGCACAGUGUUUCUGUCUACACUGAUAUAACCGGAGAGUGGCUUGCCACCGACCAUACGGCAGCAAUAAACUGGACCACUACUACAGGAGAUGUCUUAACACACCAGUCGCAGCUGAAAAACCAGACAGAAUACACUGAAGGUGACGGCCGAAUUUUGCAGGGUUCCAUGUUUUACUCGACGAGAAAUGUCGAUGGCGCAACCUAUCAAACAGGUUCAAGCACGGUCGUUCGCUCUUAUUUCAUCAGUAAUGGCAAGCUCGCCAACACUCGAGAUACCAAUUAUCGGGCAAUAGAUAACGAUUGGCCGGUAUUCGCCUUUGCCCGUUCACUUGGCCAAGUAACGAAAGACACACCUCAAUACGCAGUGUUUUCUGUUGGUCAUGUUCGCGACCCAGUGAUCAAAUACAUCCAGAAUAACGGUGUCACUUUCGAAGGCCGCAGCUACUACUUUUGGAGCACUUACUCAACGAUCUCCGGCGCAAUAACUGCCUUUCUCUCCGACUAUUCUGAAGCAUUGUCGCGAGCGAAGGCCCUUGAUGAAAAACUUCAAACUGCAGCAUCUUCAAUCUCGUCAGAUUACGCAGAUAUCGUCGCUCUUUCUAUGAGACAAACCUUUGGCGCUACAGAAUUGACAAUAUCCGGAUCUCCCGGUGCUUGGAAUACAGACGACGUGCUCAUGUUCAUCAAAGAGAUAUCUAGUGAUGGUAACGUUAACACGGUCGAUAUCAUAAUGCCGGCUUGGCCAGCCUUUAUGUACUUGAACCCAAAGCUUGGAGAGUACCUGUUGUUACCCCUCUUGCAAUAUCAGGCUACAGGCCAAUAUCCCAAUGAAUGGGCCGUACAUGAUCUCGGUGCUCAUUACCCGAUUGCCAACGGUCACGACCAGGGCUUAGACGAGAAGAUGCCCAUAGAAGAGUGCGGAAACAUGAUCAACAUGAUGCUGGAUUACACCCAAAGGACGGGUGAUGCUUCAUUGGUGAAGGCCUAUCCCAUUCAUCUCAACCAAUGGGCAGAAUAUCUUGUUGCAAAUACUCUGUUUCCUGCGAAUCAACUGACAACCGUCGACUUCGAUGGGCCACUUCCAAAUCAGACAAACCUUGCAAUAAAAGGCAUCAUCGGUAUUCAGGCCAUGUCUGUCAUCUCCAGGAAAUAUCUCGAUGACGCUGGAUCCGCAGACUCGUACAGCUCUACAGCUGCUUCCUAUCUGAAAACAUGGCAAAAAUACGGGAUAAGUUCAGAUGACACCCAUGUCGUUUUAGAGUACGGGAAUCAGACAAGCAACGUUUUGGCGUUCAACCUUGCAAUGGAUAAACUUCUCGGUCUUAAUUUCAUUCCUGACUCUGUGUACUCCCUGCAAUCCACCUACUACGAAAACCACUUGGCGAAAUAUGGAUUCGCUCUCGACAGUAGAAGUACCUACACAUCGUCAGAAUGGAUGAUUUGGACGGCAAUGACUACCUCGACCUCCGUUAGAGACAGCUUCAUCAAAGCUAUACACAACUGGGUCUCAAGUGGAAAAUCCAAGACUCCGUUCACGGACAGAUUUGACGACGCCACGGGCUCCAGCAGCGCAAACAAAAACCGGCCUGUGGUUGGGGGAAACCUUGCAUUGCUUAUUCUAUAAUCAGAUGCAUGGGCUUAACCUCCCUUUAAGAACCCUUAUCCAUAUAUUUAUUGAUACACAUCGCUCCUUGUAACACGUUCUUUUGAACUCAAACAUUCUUUUUGAAUUAACUGCGUUUGAUAUGGCCAGCUUUGACACACCCUCCGGCAAUAU